UAUAAACAGGAAGAGAUGUAGAACAGCGUGGCCAUGACAGCCACGGAGACUUUCAUUUGGACCCACAGCCUUCAGUUGUUGGCAGAGGUGAAGGGCAUGUUUUAAUAGAAGGUGUUGGCGGACCCGAAGGGCAUCUUUUUGUUAAACGUGUUGGCAUAGAAAACCAAAAAAUACUGCCCAUUCCGUCUUCAAAGCCAGUUCAAGUGCUUCCGCUCAACUAUGGCACGUGCUUCCUUGCGUUCAAGCUCGCCAUGAAGAUGUUGCUAGUUCUACUUGGAUUAGGGUAUUGGAGGAUAAACGACAUCAUAGAAAAGAAACAGAAGCACACAUGGGCAUUUCAAGUAAUGGAAGAACUUGUUUCCCAUGCAUCUAACUGGGAGUACGGCAACGAUGGGAGGAACCCUCUACUCACAGCACAGGAGGAAGCAACGCCCAUCAUUCCCCACAUCAAACCGGACGAAGAUCCUUCUCACACGUCUCAGAGUCCAAGUCCGACACCCGAAAAUGCAUCUAUGAAGGAAAAAGAUGGAGGGACAAAGGAGACACCAAUUUUACUAGCUGCGAAGAUGGGUGUGGCAGAGGUGGUGGAGAAAAUCUUAGAAGUUUUCCCGAUUGCGGUACAUGACAUGAACGAUGAGAAGAAGAACAUAGUGCUGUUGGCAGCGGAGAACAGGCAGCCCCAUGUGUACCAGCUUCUGCUAAAGAAGAAGCUUUUGCAAGAGACUGUGUUUAACAAAGUGGACCAUGAGGGGAACAGCGCCCUUCAUCUAGCUGCGACAAUGACCCAAAAUCGGCCCUGGCUUAUUCCCGGUGCCGCUCUUCAAAUGCAAUGGGAGAUCAAGUGGUUCAAGUUUGUCCAGGACUCCAUGCCUCGCCAUUUCUUUUUACAACAUAACAACAAUGGAAAGACUCCGACAGAGACCUUCACCGAGACGCAUAAAAAACUAAUCAAACAAGGUGGUAACUGGCUAACCAACACGUCCCAGUCGUGCUCGGUCGUGGCAGCUCUCAUCGCCACAGUUGCUUUUGCAACUGCAACGGCAUUGCCUGGUGGUGUGAAUCAAGAAAAUGGCAGCCCCACGUUAGAAGGCAAGCCAGCAUUCGAAGUGUUUGCCAUCUCCUCACUAAUCGCACUAUGCCUCUCCGUCACCUCGCUUAUCAUGUUCUUGGCAAUUCUCACUUCCAGAUACCAAGAGAGAGAUUUUGCUAGGGAUUUGCCUGUGAAGCUGAUAAUAGGACUCACCUCUCUCUUCAUCUCGAUUGCUUCCAUGUUGGUUUCCUUCUGUGCUGGCCAUUUCUUCGUGCUCAAAGACAAGCUAAAGUAUGCAUCCUAUCCUUUGUAUGGACUUACAUGUUUGCCUGUCACAUUCUUCGCACUAGCACAGUUUCCGCUCUAUAUAGAUCUUCUCAGGUCGAUCAUCAAACAUGUUCCGCAACGUACGUAUAAGAUACUUUCUUUCUAGCUCAUCACCUUAUGUGUAUGUAUGUAAGCUAUAUAUAUAUAUAUAUAUAUAUAUAUUUUUAUAUAUAAAAAAAACACUUGAAGAGGCCUGCCUAUCUACAGCCAAGCAUAUAUAUGGCACGUUUGUGUGAGUACGGAAAUUUUAGCCAGGUGGGCUGCACCGUUUAU